AUGCUGUCGGGCCAGUGGUGGCCAAGUACUUGGGGGAACCUAGGACUAGGGCCCAAAAACACUUCUCAGAGACCCCAGCUCUGUGCCCUCUAUGCCUUCACUUACACUGCGGCAGAUGGCCGGCAGGUGUCUAUGGCUGAAGGGGACAGGUUCCUGCUGAUUCGGAAGACCAACUCUGACUGGUGGUUGGCAAGGCCCCUGGGAGCACCACCCGCCUCACGACCCGUCUUUGUACCAGCUGCCUACGUGACCGAGGAGUCCAUCUGUUCCCCGAGCCCAACCACCGUCACCGCCAGGCAGCCCCUCUGGACUCGUGGGCCAAAGGGGUUUCCUGGCUCACUGGAGGAGCUGCACCCACCUCAGGCCACCCCAGGCAGAGCCCAGUCUGCAUCGCAGCAGCCUCCUUCUCUUCCCCCCACGAUCUGUGGAAGUGUCAGUGUUACCAAUCUGAGGCCCACUCUCCCGAAGCCCUCCCAGGAUGGACAAAGUAGAAGAUCUCUCUCCCGGGAGAACUUGCUGACAGAGGCCAAUGCCAAUGCGGCUGGACCCCAGCUCCUCAUGUCAGAGCCCCCCGUGUACUGUAACUUAGUGGACCUUCGCCGCUGUCUCCAGUCCCCACCCCCAAGCCCUGCGUGCCCCCCGCUGCAGAGGCUGGACGCCUGGGAGCAGCACCUGGACCCUGACUCCGGACUCUGCUUCUACAGAAACGCGCUGACGGGCUGCAAGUCCUGGAAGCCUCCCCGCCGCACUCGAACCCCAGAGACGAACCCUGGCUCCAUGGAGGGAACACAGACCCUGAAUAGGGACAACGGUGUCCUGCCACCUCAGGCAAAGAGCUCAGAAUCGGACACCGGGUCCCCAGAACUGCUCAACCCCCAGGGCUCACCCCGCCUCCACCCGCGCACCUCCCAGCUCAGCCCCUCAGACCACCCGCCUGCAGCCCGGCAGCCCCUCCGGCCUCUGCCGCAGGUCCUGGACGACCCUCAUGAGGUGGAGAGGUCGGGCCAACUCAACGUGACGAAGAUUGCCCAGGGGGGACGCAAGCUCCGGAAGAACUGGUGCCCAUCGUGGGUGGUGCUAGCGGGUAACAGCCUGAUGUUUUACCGAGAGCCACCCCGGGUGGCACCCUCCUCUUCAGCCUGGGGGCCAGCGGGCAGCCGACCCGAGAGCAGCGUGGACCUGCGCGGGGCGGCCCUGGCCCACGGCCGGCACUUGUCCAGCCGCCGCAACGUCCUGCACAUCCGCACGGUCCCGGGCCACGAGUUCCUGCUGCACUCAGACCUGGAGGCCGAGCUGCGCGCCUGGCACCAUGCGCUGCGGGCGGUCAUCGAGCGCCUGGACCGGGAGAACCCGCUGGAGCUGCGCCUGUCAGGUUCGGGGCCGGCGGAACUGAGCGCCGGGGAGGACGAAGAAGAGGAGUCGGAGCCGGUGCCCAAGCCACUGCUUCGUUUUGGCGGCCGCCGGAGCUCCAGUCGCUGCCCAGAAGGAACCGAACAGAACCGCGUGCGGAACAAACUGAAGCGGCUGAUCGCUAAGAGGCCGCCCUUGGAGAGCCUGCAGGAGCGGGGCCUGCUCCGAGACCAGGUGUUCGGCUGCCAGCUGGAAUCGCUGUGCCAGCGGGAAGGAGACACUGUGCCCAGCUUUGUGCGGCGCUGCAUUGCUGCUGUAGAUAAGAGAGGCCUAGAUGUGGAUGGCAUCUACCGGGUGAGCGGGAACUUGGCAGUGGUCCAGAAACUUCGCUUCCUGGUGGACAGAGAGCGGGCAGUCACCUCCGAUGGGAGGUACGUGUUCCCAGAGCAGCCCGGACAAGAAGGCGGGUUAGAUUUGGACAGUGCUGAGUGGGAUGACAUUCACGUGGUCACUGGAGCCCUGAAGCUUUUUCUCAGGGAGCUGCCCCAGCCGCUGGUACCCCCACUGCUGCUGCCCCAUUUUCGUGCUGCCCUCGAGCUCUCGGAGUCAGAACAGCGCCUCUCUCAAAUAAGAGAAUUAAUAGCCUCAAUGCCGAAGCCCAACCAAGACACUCUGCGGUUCCUCCUGGAGCAUUUAUGCAGGGUGAUAGCUCACUCAGAUAAGAACCGCAUGACCCCCCACAAUCUGGGAGUUGUGUUUGGACCGACCCUGUUUCGGCCGGAGCAGGAGACAGCUGACCCCGCAGCCCACGCUCACUACCCGGGGCAGCUGGUCCGGCUGAUGCUCACGGACUUCGCCAGCCUCGCCUCCUGA